AUGAUUAUAUUAGCAAAAGAUCUCAAUAUUAUUGCAAUAAUAUGUGCUUUAAGUCUACUAUGGAUCAGUUGUGAGGCCAGAAUCCGGUAUCGGAUCCGAACUCGACCUGAAUGUCGAGAUAAGGGUCCGAAACGUAUGGAAGAGUUGCCACCCGUUGUGUUCACCGGAUUUGUCGAACAGAUCUAUCCGAGCGAUGACGACGACACCUAUAGUGCAUCGGUAGUGGUCAAGCGUGUCCUCCGAGGACAUCCAUCAUUUGAAAACAAUCGGGUGACAGUCGGGGGGUUUGGUUUGACAGGACUGUGCUAUUCAAACGUGAGAAAAAGGGACAGUUGGUUAUUCUUCUUGAAUCCAAUUUCUGAAGGAUUUUUACGAUUGAAUAAUACUCUAUUGAAAGUAACGAUUCCUAAUUUAGACCGAAUCAAUGCCAUCAUCAGAGAUAAACCUUACAGAAGAAGAGCCACAAUAACUGAUUUGCCGUGUGAGAAGCAAUACUGUGAGAAUAAUGGCAACUGUAUUGAAGACAAUCGAUCGGCUAUUGUCUCGCGAGCCAAGUGUCAGUGCCUUGAAUACUGUGCCCACAGUUAUAGUCCUGUUUGCGGUUCAAAUGGAGAGACCUUUUCAAAUGAAUGUCUACUAAGACUCAAUUCUUGUAAGCGAAGUAUCAAUUAUUUCGUGCGAUUUCCCAAUCAAUGUGAAACUGGUCGCCGAACCAGAGAUGUCCAAAUGGGUCAGACAUCAAGUCUAACGAUGCUAUCACUGUCACAAUUGUUUUGA